UCUAAAUUAAAAUGGGCAAUUCUAAAAACAAAUUUGGUCAGUACCAAAAAUCGUGAAUUUUCUGUACUAUUCGUAUAUGUAAUAUUGUUUAAUUUAAUUAUGUAUUUUAUUUAAUAUUUUUUGAUUGGUUUUUAAUAUUUGUUGUACUAUCUUCUGUAGCAUAUGCAUCAAAGAUAUUCAUAAUUUAAUUGGCGCAGACGUAGAUUUAAAAGAAUUUUUAUUGGAGUAUGAUGAAUUGAUAUCAAUGGAAAAUUAUCUGAAUUACGAAAAAUGAACCUUAUUAAACUAGUAAAAACAUUAUGUGGCUCAAAACAUUUUCUGUGUUUGUACAAUGUUGGUGAAAGUGGCAGCUGCUAAACAUCAUAGUGCUGAUGUUGAACGUUUGAUAUGUGCCAGCAACUUAUUAAAAUCACCAUUACGCUCAACUAUGAAUAUUGAGACGGAAAAUUUGAGCUUACGAGUAUAUAUAAAUUAUAAUAUGCCACCAUUAUACGGUUGGGAAGCUAGGGACACAGUUUACCAUUGGAUGUCUAAAAUGAAACAUCGAGUCCUUAAAAGAAUGAAAGGAAAGGAACAAUGUUAUUUUGGUGGAGUUUUCUUUGAAGUAUCUGGUAAAAACAAAAUUAUCGAUAGUGAAGAUAGCGAAGACACUGAAGAUAAAAACAAUUUUUAAUCUGUUAUUAUUAUAAAUAAAUUGUAAUA